UGUUCCUUUAGAAUAACAUUUGCUUAUUUAUUUUAACAAAGUGAUAAGUGAUAACUAAAAUUUUAAAUUAAAAAUAAUAAAAAUUAGUUAACUCAGUUUUAAAAUUUCUUAUGUAAAAAGCUUACUGCAUUUUAUGAGGUACAAAAUGUUGAAAAAAUUAAUCGUUUCAAAUAAUCAAAUGUAUCGACAUAUGUCUGGUUUUGUAUCACAAUAUAAUGAAAAUCAUAUACCCACUACACCAUUACAAAAAAUAAUGCUAUCUGUUGGAUCUGCAGCUAUUUCAUUAUUUGAACCUCGAAGGGCAGGUAAUAUUGGAAAUAUUAUUGUUUUAUGUACUAUCAACUAUUAUGAUAUUGUAAUCUACCUAUAUCUAUUUAAAUUAAAAAUGUAUUUAAUUUAGAAUAAUAAUAAAAAAAAAAAUACGUACUUUGUUUAAAAAAACAAAUUAUAGUUAUUAAGAUACGAUAAAACUAUACUAUGUAAUACUAUAUAGAUAUUCAAUAUUUUUAUUUACAUUUUAAUAUUUUAGAUAUGAUUUCCACUUUGGGAGAAACUACUGGAACACAUGCAUUAAAAUAUAUAAGAGAUAAAAUGAUUAAUAAUCCAGAAGGCAAUGAAAUACUACAGUAAAUUUUUGUUUUAAUUUUUAAUUUAUUCUUAUGUAUACUCUAUUCAAAAUAAGAUUGCAACCGCUUUCAUCUAUAUAGAUUCAGCCUGCUAAGUCCAGUUCCCUUAUAGUAAAUACGUGAUUGGUUGUGAAUUCUCAUUAAGAAUCAAUAGUUUUAUCAGUUCUCUUCACUCUUUCUGCUAUCAUCGUGCUUACAAGGAUCAAGUGUGGUCGAUGUUAGAAGUAAUAGUGGAGAUGUGAAGUGUGAUAUAUAUUUAUCAUCCAAGUGGUUCAAUCUUAUUUUUAAUAGGUAUUUAACUAAUAUUUAUACUUUUUUUAAGGUUACAACCUCGAAUUAACAGUUCAACAGUUGAUUUUGGAAAGUUAAAAGAUAUGCCACAUAAUACACUCGGUUAUGCUUACUUUAAAUUUUUGGAUCAUAAUGUAUUCAAUUUUUUUAUUGUAUUUAUAAUGAAUUAUGAAUAUCAAAGUUUUUUAAUCUUUUAUUUAUGUUUAUUUAGAAAGUAACCCCAGACUCUCGAGGAAUUGUUCAAUUUAUAGAUGAUAUUCAAUUAGCAUAUGUAAUGCAAAGAUAUAGAGAAGUACAUGAUUUAUUCCAUACAGUAUUGGGUAUGCCAACUAAUAUGUUAGGUAACACAAUUCAUAUUAUUAAUUAAUACAUUAUAUGAAUAAAGUUAUUUAUAAAUUAUUAUGUAUACAUUUAAUUUUCAGGAGAAGUAACGGUAAAAUGGAUUGAAGCAUUUCAGACAAAGUUACCAAUGACAUUAAGCGGAGGUCUUUUUGGAGCUGUACGACUUAAACCAAAGUAAAUUUAUACAUUAUAUAAAUAUAUAAUGAAUGUAUGCAAAAAUCUUCCAUUUUACAUGUCAAACUCUAUGGUCAUUUUUAGCCAUUUGAUUGUAUUUAAUUACUCAAUUUAAAUUCGUUUUAAAUGUAUAAUAUAUAUAUUAUACAUUUCAAAACAAAUUUUUAAUUUUACUUCAUUUUGCAUUGAGUUUUUCAAUUUUAUUUAAUACAUAUAAUCAGUAUUGAAUAAUGAACAAAUUAUUUAUUAUUUUAGAGAAGUGAAGUAAUGCCUAUAAUUUUAAGAAAUAUAAAAUUGAUUUAUCACACUUAUUUUUUUUGUCUACAGUUAUAAUUUUUAAAUUUAUAUAUUAAUAUAUUUGAAAAAAUAUUCAAAGAAUGUAUAUAAACAUUUUAGAAAAAAAAAAUAAACUAGAAAAUGAAUGUAGCAUGUAAAAUGGAACAUCUUAUGUGUGAUCACUUAUUUAUUUACUUAUUUAUACCUUCACACAUAUUGUUUUUAGACAAAGAGAACAAUAUGUUAAAUAUUAUUUACCAUGGGCUAUUCAAACAGGACUAAACAGUAAUUUUAUGUUAAAUAUUUAUUUUGAAAAAAGAUGGGAACAACCAAUAGAAGAACUACAUAAAGAAUUAAAUAUUAAACCUUUAGAAAUUUUUGAUUUAAAAUAAAAAUUAUUAUUUUCUGUAUUAGUGUUGACUUCUUAGUUUAUUUUUAAAUACAAAUUUGUAUGUUCUUGAUUAUAUUUAUUUUUGAUUUAUUAAAAAAUUGGUGCAAAUAAAAAUUCUGUAAAAUAAAAAUAUAUCUAUUUUAAUGUAGAAUUUAAUUAUUGUAUACCAAAUAGUUACUAUCGGUGUGAUUUUUAAAUAACUUAGAUUGGGGUGGGACCAUAUGAAUUACUUCCAAUUUUAAUGGUUUUGCUGAUUGAACAGUUGUGAGAGUGAUUUGGCGUUUCAGACACUCAUAUUUAGCCUGUAUAGUUAAUAUAUUAUAGUAAUUUAUGUUUAUUAUUUAAUUACUAAAUCUAAAUUCACCUACACUAUCAUACCUACAUUGAGACAAUUACUCUAGUAUGUUCAAUUCUACAGAACUGUUCCCCAGAUUUGAAUAGGUUUUUGUUAAUUAUAAUAUAUUUUAAUUAUUAUGUUAAAAUCAUUUGAACAUGGUGUAAAAUUCUAUUAUUUUUCAUAAGUUUCUGUUCAAUUUCUCAAAUUCUCUGUUUUAGUAAUUCUGCAUCUUUUAAAGCUGCUAUAAAUUAUAUUUUGUUGUAGUUAUAAAUACAUGUUUACAUAACUACUUAAUAGUAUACUAUUACUUAUCAUUAACCUUUCUAAAGUCUAUUACUUUUUAUCAAAUUCAAAUCUCUCUUGCAAUCGUUUUUUAUGUGUAUUAGUGGUCUGAAUAAUGUUUUCUUGAGUAAUUUGAUGAUUCCAAAAAGACAUUGCUUGUAAUCCAUCAUAAUUUCCUAUCUUAGACCACACAAUGUUAUCUAAAAUGUAAAUAGUUUAUACUUUAUAUUCUUAUUUUAACCUAGGUAAACCAUUGUUAACACACUUCCUACAUCAUUAAAAUCUUUAUUAAUUAAUAAAGGAUUUAUUUUUUAAUUCAAAAUUACAUUUAAAUUUAAAAGUAUAUCUGUAUAAUAUCCAAUGGGUUUUUGAGUAUUUUCUACAAUAUGGACAUUGUUUCUCUCGGUUUAAUAUUUGACUGCCAUCGUUUUCACAAAAUAUUUGAGAACAUAUUACUCACGCAGAAGUAUUUAAAGACACACGUCAUUUUUUAUAAUUACAAACCAAUGUUAUUUCUAACUUUGACAUUUUGUUUUUAAAAUGUAUGAAACUUUGAUGUUAAUGAUAAUAUUAUUCAAGUAUUUUAUGUGAAAACACAAAUUAUUAAUUUAAGCAAUAAAUAUAAACUAAUAUAUACAUUAUAGUAGAUAAAACCACAUAGCACAUAAUUGAAUCAACUAUAAAUUGUAAUUUGGUCAUUUAUAGUUAAUACCGAAUAGUGAUGAGCUAAAAUAAUCUAUUUUUUAGAUUCUAAUAAUUGAUUUCUUGAUGUAUAAAUAUUGAUCAAAUUCUUAAAUUAAUUGAUUCAAUCGUUGAUUUGGAAUUUGUUAUCUUCAGUUAAUUAUAUUUUAAUACAGUGAAUAAAAAAAUAGGUAUACAUUAUAAAUGUAAAAAUCAAAGUUUGUCGUCAGCUACCUACCCAUAUAUUUUAGAUAGACCUAUCAAUCAUAUUUUAAGUUCACUUAAUGGAUAUUAGGUUUACAUAUUUUAUUAUGAUUUCUAUUUUAUUACAGGCAAAGUGGAUUAAUCCACCUUGAUUACAGUUUUAAAUAAUUAUAGUUAGUAAUAAUUUUAAUUUAUUAAUGGCUAUAAUAAUAAUAUUAUAAUAUGCUUAGAGUAAUAAACCUUCUUAUGACUUAACUUGAUAUGAUAAUAUCUAUCAAGAUCUAUUCUAUUCUAGAAUCUAGAUCUUGCACACGAUUAAAGAUAUACAUAUUUAUACCUAUAGGUAUUUCUUUAAUCGUCAUCUUGCAUACACAUUUUUUUAUCAUGAACCAGCAAUAAUUUCAGAGGAUUUUAAGUUAAUUUGAUUUCUGUUUUUUCUAAUCAUUAUGAAAUUAUUUAAGAUUUAUUUUAAUAUUUUACCCUUACGUGUACUUAAAAUAAGUACACACUUUUGAUUUUAAAAUAGAACCCCCCCCCCCGUUAGAACUAAGAUUUAAAUAGAGAAUAUGUUUCCAGAAAUUUUGAUGUGUAUAACACUAAUAUCAGAUUUACCGUUUAUGAGUUAUGCAGUUUAAAGUUUAGACCGGAGGAGUAAAGAAGAAUGAUAAAUUGCCUAUCUGUAACCCAAACCUAAUCUAACCACUCUGUAUAUUCGUGAUUAACACCAUUGAAAGAAAUAUACUUUUGAUUCUUCCACGAAAGUAUAUGGAAGAGAAAUAUUUUUAUCAAGUUGAUCAUACGAUAUCACGAGUGAAAUAAAAAGUAUUGAAGGCUGAAGUAGUGAAUACAAGUUUCGCACUAUCAAACUUCCAGUUCCGUGACACCUAUUUUAACUACCUUGCAUAUUUCACAAUUUAUAUUAAUACGAAAUUAAAAACUGAUUUGUAGUUAAUUUUUCCUACUGGUCUAUUUAUUAUUUCAUUAUAUAGAUUCUCCAGGUAAAGUAUUUUAACUGUACUACGAGUUAUUAUUAUUAUUUUUUUUGUAAUUUAAAAAAUAGAAAGUAUUUAAAAUUAGUUGGCCUAUUAAAUUACCUCCAUAUCUAUGUUGUUUGACCUUAUUGCCCAAAAUGGACGUACAAAUAAUCAUGAAAAAUGGUUUGAAAUAGAUUUAAUAUGCUUAAAAUUACAUAAUUACACAUACUUAAUAUGUUAUCAAUGUUUUAUUUUGUUAAACUUUUUCUUAUAAAGAAUCAUGAGUAGAGUAUAUACACCGGGUACAGUUCCAACAGCACCGUAUGGAUGGAGUCAACAGACAAGUGUUCCACCGGCAAGUCCUUACACGCCACAACCUGAAUGUAAGUUUCUAUUGAAUAUUUUUUUAUAUUGCUACAAUUUCAAAUAUUUCAUUUAGUUGUGAAAGCUCCAUUUGAACUUAUUACCACCGUUGUACCUGUUGGGCCACACAGUACCCGAAUGGUAUGCUCCAAUUGUCGAAAAGAGAUUACUUCCAAUAUAAAUAAGAAACCAAGUACAAAGGCUUAUUUAACCAGUUUAUUGUUAUGUGUUAUCGGGUAAUAAACAAUUAUUUAUUAAUUUAUUUAGCCAUAAUAUAUCUAAUUAUGUGCGUACAAAGGUGUCCUUGGACAGUUAUUAAAGGAGGAAAAUUUAAAAAACCACAUAAUUUAGAUAUGUAUAUUAUAGUGGAAUUCAAUGUAACUAUUGCUUCUUAUAAUAAAAUAAUUUUGAUUGAAAAAUGGGUAUUUACUAUUGAUAUGAUUCUUGAUGCCUACAAAUGUGAUAAAUAUGCAAGAAAAUGCUUUUAGAACUUAUUUAAUAAAAGUGAUAGCCUCCUCAGCACACCCUUACACAUACAUUUUGUAUACCUAAUUAUUUUUUAAAUAAUAUUUUAAUCAAAAUACUUGCUUUAUAAUAUGUAUAUUGUUUUCAGAUGUUUCUGGGGACCAUGUUUACUACCAUUUUGUAUGGAUCAAUGUUUAAAUGUUGAACACAAAUGCCCUAAAUGUGAAGCUUACUUAGGACAAUUUAUUCAAUAGAUUAA